CGGAUUACGUCGUUACGUAAUCAGACUAUAGCUGUGCUUUGUCUAGUAUCAACGUUUGCAGACUCGGAGUAAAGGCGAUAUAUCACAAGGACACAUUUUUUAAAAUGGAUACCGGUACUCUAGCCACAUCAUUCCAUGUCUGGCAAUAUCGACACCAUUUCAUUUUUAAGGAGUUAAGAGACAAAAAUAUGACCGUCCAGUGUGUUCUAUGUAAACCUAAAAUCCGAAUUCUGUCUACGUCCAAGAACUCGACAUCAAAUCUGAAAAAACAUUUAGAGAGAAAGCAUGCCAGCAUGUAUCUGAAGUCUAAAGGUGGGGUAGAUGGUUCCAAUGGACCAACCACCUCAGACUCUUCUAGGGAGCCACGCUACAAGAAAUCCAAGCUGGAAAAUCUCAACCAAAUUACAUCACAGUCAAAGGUGAAUGCCUUGGUGUUUAAUUUCAUGGUAGAAGAUGCCCAGUCACUGUCUGUCUUGGAACAACCUGCAUUCAGGAAGCUAAUUGAUGGCUUAAGUGGAGGGAAGAUGUCCAUGACCAAAAAUACUUUUAUCAGUAGACUUGAAAUGGCAUACUCCAGAAUGAAGGAGGAACUGAAGGAAAAGCUGGAUAGUGUGCAAUCUGUGUGCACAACAGCUGACAUCUGGUCAGCUCACAAUAGAAGCUACAUUGGAAUGACCUGUCAUUGGUUUGAAAAGAAUGAACUGGAGAGGAAGUCUGCGGCACUAGCCUGUGCCAGAAUACGAGGUGCACACACACUGGAUAAAAUUGCAGCCAAAAUACACGAGAUUCACGUGGCCUAUAAUCUUGAAAACAAACUUCAGGCUAUAGUUACUGAUAAUGGUAGCAAAUUUGUCAAGGUCUUCAAGGACUUUUCCAAGGGGGAUGAUGAAGAAAAUGCCGAAGAUGACAUUGUUGAAUUUCAGGAUGUUGGCACUAUACUGGAUAGAGAAGAUGAGACAAUGCAGCUAUUUUUGUAUCGGCACCAACGAUGUGCAUCCCAUGCAUUAAAUUUGAUUGCUACUGAAGACCUAGCACACAUUCUAUCACAGGGAGAAACUGCCCGGGUGUAUUUCAGCUCAAUGGGCAAAUGUUAUGCCAUAUGGAAUGGUGUCCACCAGUCCCCACUGGCUAUAGCAGCAAUGGAGGACAUAGAGAAAAUGAAGUUGACCGCUCCUUGUGUGAGUCGCUGGAUUUAUGAAUACGCUGCUGUUGAAAAGAUUGUCUCUCUCCCUGAAACAAAACUAAUGGAUGCUUGUGACAGCUUGGGCAUCCCAAGAAUGCUAUCUUAUGAGAUAGCAUUUUUAAAAGAAUACAUAGAUGUCUUCAAGCCUCUUUCUUUUGCACUGGAACUCUUCCAAGGAGAGCAAAAAUGUUUUCUUGGGCUGGUCAUACCUACAGUACUCACGUUGAAGAAAAAGCUAUGUGAGAAGAAAACUCUUGCACUCUAUCUGUUUGAUGUCAUCAAUCCUGUUCUAGAAGCAAUAGAUUCCCGCUUCAAACAGCUGUUUGCCAGUAUGGAUGCAAAAAUAGCAACAGCUACUACUCCACAAUUUCGUUUAUGGUGGCUCCCUGAAACUGAGAGAGAUGAAAUGCAUUUGAUGCUUGUGGCUGAGGCGAACCGAAUUGAGCCGUCUGAGGGUGCCCCAAUCGGCAGUGACGAAGUGCAGUCAGAAGACGAAUUCUUCAGUUUCGGACCUGGGACUGGUAACAGUGACACAGAAGAGGAAAUCCGGCGGUACCUGGAGGGAACUAGCAAGAAUCUUGGCUGCCUAAAAUACUUUCCUAGAGUGAGAAAGCUUUUCCUCAAAUACAACACUAUUCUUCCCUCAAGUGCUCCUGUGGAGCGGCUCUUCAGUCAUAACGGGAACAUUCUCACUCCCCAAAGGAAUGGUCUGACAGAUGACCAGUUUGAACAAGUUAUCCUUUUGCGAUACAACAGCAAAUUAUUCCCUGAGUAAGAAAAUGCAAUGGGAUUUCUUUCUCAGAUCACAGGUGUUUUUUUGGUUGGGGUCCAGCUCAUGUUGAAUAUGUUUAUUUUAGAUUGCAUACAUAUGAAGUGACUAGUGGAAGUCUUCACAACCCUUUGCAUCCUUCUAAUUGGCUGGCUUUUCUCUGAAAUGUACUCUGUGUUCCAGGCACUAUAGUUCCAGGAGCCACUGUGCAUGUGAAGAUCAAGUUCCCCUUACUUCGCUUGUCACCUCAUAUUUUCACUUUACUUACGAUUUGAUUGAUAUAGCCUACGUGUCUGCUGCAUAUUACACAAAUAUUUAGGAUGUAAGCUGGAACAUUCUGUCUUUUUAAACGUAUAAGAUAUAAGCAGGAGAAACCAGGUGUAGUCCACCGCUCCUUCCUUCCCAUACUAUACACACUUAAAAAUGUUGUACAGCAUGUCUGUUGUAUCUUGUCACAGCAAGUUGUAACAAACAAGCACGACAAAGGCAUUCUAUUUAAGCAACAUAUCAAACACAUGCAAGACGCAAGUAGAAAUGUAAUGUUCUUUUUUUUGCAUUACAAUUGCAAAAUUGUUUGAGGUUAAUUGGGCCAUUCAAAAUGAAUGUCAAACUGUGGUUGCCAACUGCUACGGUCGAGUGUUAUUCCUGCCAAGAUGUGGACGUCUGGCAGAUUUAAAUAAUGUGCUUUUAUGCGGUUUGUGUACUUGCAUGAUCAUUGCAAACCACAGAAAACAGGGGGCAGACAAUUAGUCAGUGUUACUUUUAAUAACAUCGGAAGAAGCCUAACUAUAAAGAUGUCAUCAUCACAAUGUAGUUUAACAGGUGAUUACAACCCAGUUUGUAUAAAGAGAUAACAUUUCUUGCCUCUGUUCUGAAUUGCAGAGCUCAAUGGCCAAAGCCAGUAAAGUGGUCAUUGUACUUUUUAGGGUGCCCUCUUUCUUAUGGGAUGUUAAACCCGGUGUCCAGACUCUGCUCAAUAAAGAAAACAUGGCACUUAUAAUAGUAGGAGCGUUAACCAUGUAGCCAUAACCUCAAUGUUAUGGCUGCAUUUCCACGUUGGCCCUCAUACCGUUAUCGUGACAAUACUGGCAGAUUGCAGUGCAAAUUGUCCCAAUGCCGUCCAGUGUUGAUUGGUAGGGUGUUAUACAUGGUUGCCUUGUCUUGUUGUCUUGCUCUAGCAACUUCUUUUUUGGUUUGGGCAUCUGCAAGCUCAGUUGUGGUUGUUGAGAAUGCACGCAAGUAUCGGCAAAUACUUCCUGGUCGAGAGAGCCGUGUGAUAAGAAGAACUGUUUAGUGAAAUGUGCGUUGGGGUACAUGUCUCGAUCUUUGACUUUCCCACCAAACCUGCCGGGGAGUUGCUGUGAUGGCUUUCUAAAAGAUGUUAAGUGUUCCUGAGUGGUCCGGUCUCAGUCCAGGAUUGAAUUUGCUUAAAUCUGUGACAUGACAAUGUUUCCAAUCAUAUUUCCAGAGCUUAAGCAAAUUUGAUAAAAAUAUUUUUUUUCACAAUGUUUGAAUGGAUUCUCAGCUGUAAUGGCUGCCACAUAUGCUUUUGCAAAGUAUCAACUCUGAAUUGUGGUUUUCUUUGAAAAAAGAUGUACAUUUAUAGCAAAUUUAUAUGUAAGGAUAUGUAGACUUUCAUUUUGUACUGUACUUAGAACAUUGAGUUAGGAAGUAGUUGAACAUGAACGUAGUAAAACAGUAGUCUACUAAUUGUUAAAUGUGAGCAUAGUCUACUAGUGAUAUUGCGUGCCAACCGCCAAUUAAACACCAUAGAAGAAGUAGUCUAGUGCUUAAAAGGGAAUGUGGACUUUACUAGUUGCCUACCUGUGAAAAAAUACGUCUGGUAUUUGCUGACAAAGAUUAGUCAAUGGCUAGGACUAAUUUGUGUCCCUGAGUGUUCUGUAGUAGUUAUUAAUUGGUAUUAAUCUACUUUCCUUUACUAAUUUCCCUACAAAUAAAUGAAAGAAGGCUACUUACCUAAUUACCUUUUACAAAUGAUUACAUAAAAAUGGGUCUAAUAAAAAUCCAAAUGUAAAAAUUA